UUGAUCUCCUGAUAUUGUCCUUGCUCAAAGAACCUGAUGCAUGGCUAAUGGCAUGUGAGAAAUUAAUCCGUCAUUUCCAGAGAGAUGAGCUCAUUUAAUUCAUUUGUACAUGGUCAAAAUUUAACAUGAAGUUUGUAUAGCUGGUAGCCUGGUAACAGAAUCUAUUGUUUCUAGCACGAAUAUAAUAAAGACUUCUCGCAUUUUAUUGGCAUUGGGAGCACCCAUUUUCGAAACUUGGUCUCAACCAAGCACAUUCUAUACUGAGUGCAAAGCGUAGCAUGAUUGAAAAUUUGGUUAGAUGGGUUCUUCAUUAAGUAAAUCAUGAAAGAUCUGAUGGUAAACUACCUUAUAUGAAACGCAUAUGCUCAAUAUUUUUUAAUCAUGGCUCCGUCUAUAUAAGCUGGAACCUUUAUUUCCGACUCCCUCGUGCACAGCACGAGCCUAACAAAAAAAAUACUGAACAGUAAUCUUUCUCUUUCCUUAAAGUGGCGGAACUUGGCUAUGGCCACGAAAAUAAUAGAGCAUGUGGAAGGAUAAUUACAUAUCCGGAAUUCGUAAUGUUUUCUGUUAUCAAGUGCAAUCUUAAAACGUUUUUAAUUUCAAAUGAAUUCGGCGUAGAAUUGAUUUAUUUAUCAUUUGAUAUUCCAAUGAACUUUGCCACUUUCGAAGCUUUCCAAAUAUGGCAAGCGACGCAUGUUAAUGUUGUAUACUCUCAAGCUGUUUGCUGUCGUAUUGUUUGAACUAGAAAAUAGUUGUUCUUUCUGGCGCUAAAUAUUUGGCCUGUCGUUAUUAAAGAAGCCAAUAUUCUCGAGAAACAGAGAGAUCAUUUUAAGAAGAAAGGACAGUUUCCACCAAUCUUGAAACAAUAAUGGCUGUGGAAAAUGCAGAGUGGGAACAGAAAGCACGUGAAUGGAUUGAAAUCGUGGGAGGUUUUAAACUUGGGAAUGAAAGUUUACAAGAAGAACUGAAAAAUGGUAUUGCACUGUGCAACUUUAUAAAUGUUCUACAACCAGGCUCUGUUAAGAAGGUUAGCAAGCUACCAGGACCAUUUAAUCAGAUGGAGAACAUCAAAGCAUUUUUAGAUGCAGUUGAACAGUAUGGUUUAGCCAAAGAAGACACGUUUGUCACAGUCGAUCUUUUUGAAGGAAGAAAUAUGAAGCAGGUUAUUCGAACUAUUUAUGCAAUUGGACGGAAGGCCCAAGAGAAGAACGCUCCAUACCCUCCACUUGGUCCCAAAGAGUCGAAAGAGAACAGACGAGAGUUCACGCAGGCACAAAUGGAAGCGGGGAAACACGUUGUCGCUAUGAGGUUUUAGUGAAGUUAUCCAACUGGGAAUUUACUGUGAAACUGUCCUUUCAACACUGGU